GUUUGGAUAUGUCAGUGUCGCGAAGUGUGCAACAAUGGCGCAGCAGUCCGUGCUGUCGUAGUGCUUUACUCGAUUCUUUUUGCUAUUCAUAACUGUGCGCAUAAGAGCACGACUCGUUCACCGGUUGUUGCCACUAGUUCGUAUGCCAGUGCGUCGUGUGGGCUUCGGCUGGGAACCGGUUCUCUGACAUUUUGAAUGUAGAACAGUGCUGGCGACGGUUUGUGGGCGGACUCCGUGCGAGUUUACGUUUGCCAUCCUUUUCUUUUGUGGAGCGUGACUGGUGCAUAGGAAACAACCAUGGGCACGUCCCAAGCAAACAAAGAAAAUGAGAAAGGAACACCAGAGAAAAGCAAGUCAUCAUUCAGAGGAAAGAAUUGCCUGGCAAGGGUGACACUAUUGGAUGGCACUCUUCUUGAGUGCCAAGUGGAGAAGAAGGGCAACGGCCAGGAACUGUUCGACAAGGUGACGGGCCACCUGGAGCUGCUGGAGAGGGACUACUUCGGCCUGCUCUACACCGACCCGCACGACCCCAGAAACUGGCUCCAGCUCGACAAGAGCAUCAAGAAGCAGCUCAAGAAUGAACCAUGGGAGUUCCGGUUCGCCGUCAAGUUCUACCCACUGGACCCGGGUCAGCUGAAGGAGGACAUCACCCGCUAUCAGCUCUGCCUGCAGAUUCGCAACGAUAUCGUCACCGGAAAGCUGCCGUGCUCGUUCGUCACGCACGCGCUGCUCGGCUCGUACAUGGUGCAGUCGGAGCUGGGCGACUACGACGCGGCCGAGCACAAGGCCGACUACCUGGCCGACUUCAAGAUGGCGCCCAACCAGACGCCCGAGCUGGAGGAGAAGGUGGCCCAACUGCACAAGACGCUCCGGGGUCAGACGCCUGCCGAGGCGGAGAUGCACUACCUGGAGAAUGCCAAGAAGCUGGCCAUGUACGGGGUGGACCUGCACCAGGCCAAGGACUCUGAGGGCAUCGACAUCAUGCUGGGCAUCUGCGCCUCUGGCCUGCUCGUCUACCGGGACAAGCUGAGAAUAAACCGCUUUGCAUGGCCGAAGAUACUGAAGAUCUCCUACAAGCGAAACAACUUCUUCGUGAAGAUCCGCCCGGGCGAGUUCGAGCGCCACCUCACAACGAUCGGCUUCAAGCUCAUGAACCACAGGAAGGCCAAGAAGCUGUGGAAAACCUGCGUGGAAAAUCACACGUUCUUCAGACUGAUGUCGCCGGAGCCGCCGGAGCGGGACCACCAUCUGCCGCGGCUGGGCUCCAAGUUCCGGUAUUCGGGCCGCACCCAGUACCAGACGCGCAUGCAGACGGCCCAGUCGGACCGGCCGUCGCCGCAGUUCCGGCGCGCGCUCAGCGGCCGCGCCGUCUCCAGCCGCAGCAUGGACCCGCUGAGCGUCAGCGGCGGCGGCCGUGACGCGCGCCAGGCCGACCCCAAGCGGCACACCAUGACGGCGCCGCCCAAGGAAAUCCCCGGCCUGGACGAGCGGCCUCCGCCGCCGCAGCUCACCGACAAGCCCAAGGAGCGAGGCAGACCGGUGGGAGGCGUGGCCGUUCUGCCGCCCAUGGACCUCUCCAAGGCGCGUAAGCUGGACAGUACCGGUGAGCGGGGGCCGCACGUGAUGGCCACCACCGUCACCACGCGCACGGCUCAGAUGCACGAGGACAAGAACCAGCCGGACACCAGCUGGGGACAGGUGAAGGAGAAGACGUUCGCCGCCACCACCACCACCAGCGCCACGCACCAGGAGCAGACGGUUCUGACACAGGAGGUGCAGAAGACGCGCAAGCUGAUCGUGGGCGCCGACGGCGACGCGGCCGCCGCGCGGCCCGCGCUGACGGAGAGCACCUCGUCCGAUCCCAUCGUGCGGACCGAGGCGGUCAAGUACGCGCCGCAGGGCGUGGGCAGCACGGCGCGCGCCACCACCAACGUGCCGCUGGUGGCCACCGAGAGCAGGAAGGUGUCGGUCCAGGGCGAGAAUUACGAGGCGGAGGGUGAGAUCGUGAGCAGCCAGACGGUGACGAGCAAACAGCGCACCGUUGAGACCGUGACGUACAAGACGGAGAAGGACGGUGUGGUGGAGACGCGCGUCGAGCAGAAGAUCACCAUCCAGUCGGACGGCGACCCGAUCGACCACGACGCGGCGCUGAGGGAGGCCAUCCAGGAGGCGACCGACAUGAACCCCGACAUGACGGUCGAGAAGAUCGAGAUCCAGCAGCAGAGCACCAACCCGCCGUCGGCGUAGGCUCGUCCGACGUCGCCGCAGCGCCGAGCGCCCUCUCCGACGGCGGCGCGGCUGCGCGCCCGUCCGUCGGCCGGCCGUGACAUUCCCUGGGCGCGACGCGCCGCCCUUCCCCUCUCGCUUGCGCAGCUCCCCGUGUUCCCCGCGGCAAGUCCGCCGGCCUUUCCAGCUGUGGGCCCGCCGAUGACGACCGCGUAUGUGACGUCACGCCACGGCGGUGUGGCGUCACACCGCGGCGAUGUGACGUGGUGUGUGUGUGAGAGAGACGGCUGAGUGGCGUGGUGUGCAGAGCGCGCUGAUUGAUCCGCGCCGCGCAUGUGGACCGUGGACGGCAUGCCGCUUCGUCUUCGUUCGACCCGCGGCCCGGUCGGUUUCGUUGGCCUUAUACUGAAGCAAGCGCCGCCUUCGGUCAUGUUGUCGAGCGGCGCGCGGCGCAUGAGAUUGCGUCGCCGUUGGUUGUCGAAUGGUUUAAAUCAAUUUUGUAUUGGUUGAACAAAGCUGGCAGCUUGUUGUGUUGGAUAAAUAUUUUGUACGUUUCACGUUUCGUCGACUACGGAAUCACCGCGGCAGCGCCCGGCCCAAGACCGGCGUAUAUUGAGUGUGCUUUGUGCCGCAGCCGCCUGCCCGUACCCCAAACGUCUAGCUGCUCCAGAAUUGUGUAGACGCCAUGAAGAAGAGAUUGUUAUAUGACAGCUAGAGUAAUCAUCGUUUUCUUUUGGAAGCAUUGCCGUAGGGCACCCGUGUACCUAGUUGUAUCAUUUAUCAAUAAAUAUGGACUUAAGAUA